UCACGGACGUGAAACUGAUUGCACAAGUGCGUCGCCGUGUCGCAAGUGACAAGUGACGCUGUCGUUUUACGUCUGCUGGUGACGAAGGAAAUGGCAACAAUGGCCGAGGAUGAUACUGCAACUGCUAUUGCUGAUGAACAGGUUGAAGGGACCUUCAGUGCACUACCAGAUGAGGUGCUACUCUCAAUAUUCCAGCAUUUGGACAACCAAGAUAUUGUAUUUUCUGUAGCCAAAGUUUGCAUGAGGUGGGAAAAGCUGGCAUCUGAUCCAGAGUUAUGGAGUGAUCGAUUUGUCUUUUACGAUUCAAUCAAAUAUAGUGCAUUUACAGCAACUAUGCAUAUUGCUAGUAAACAAAUUAAAUACUUGCAUUUAGGUGGUCAUGAAGCUAUGGAGGAAGAAGCUACACAAGCAUUGCUGUCCUCAAACAUUACUGUAUUAAAAAGGCUAAGCUUUCUUGGGACUUGUCGUACAAACCCAACUAAAGUUAUACAAAUUUUAAACAAGUUUAGGUCAAAUCUUGAAUCAUUGACAUUGUGCAUUAAUGAUGAGCUUGUGUCUUUCGGUACAGACGAAAAAACUUGCUAUGCCAUGAAAGAUGCACGCCCUGGACUUUUAUUCAAUUUGAUUGGAGGUAUGGAAAAUCUCAGACAUUUAACUUUGUAUGGAGGAUUCAGUACAAAAUGGUACUUUGAUGAAUUUCUUCAAUCCGCUGGUUGCAAUAAAAUAGAAACACUGGACCUGAAAGAUUUUGAGGAAUUGUCUGAAAAUUUCAGAUCAAGCAGAGAAUUGGAUGUAGUUCAGACUCUUAUUAUGAAAAACAAAGAUCAUCUCCAAUCGCUUAAGUUGCCAACAAUGGGUGCCUCUAGUUCUGGUGUUCAAAGGUGUGUGCAUAAAUGUUACAAAUCUCUCAAAAAUUUAUCCAUUAAUAUGAAACUACUAAUCUCAUAUCACAAUGAGUCACUUAAUUUAAAUUUCCUUGAAUUGAAUGGACGAUUUUUGCAUGAUAGAGAGCUUGAGUCAGUCGCUUUUCUGAAUGACAUUAGCCAAUAUGGAGACUUAUUGCACAGGUUAAAUGAAUUAAAUUUGAAUCAAUUUGACAUUGUAGAAGAAGACAUGUUUUCUAUUCUAUCAAAAUAUCUGCAUGACCUCAAAAUUCUAAGAAUAGAAGGAAAUUGGCUCACUUCAGAAAAUAUUAAUGUCAUCACCAAAAAUUUGCCUUUGUUAGAGAAAAUAUGUGUGCGCAACUCAUACACUGUAGCAGAAAAGCAUAUGAUAUCAUUACAUUGCCCAGUGUCCACUUUGAAUGACAUUGGCUUUGAUGAUAUAUAUGACAUGGAUUGCAUUUAUGUAGCAACAAAAUUUAGGACAGUUCCUCUCCUAGAUUAUUCUGUAAUUUCAACUGGCUGUGAGUGUCGUAAGAAUUUCCUUAGCAAGAAAGAACUCAAAUCUGAUCUUGAUUCUAAAGCCUUCAGUCCCGAAUCAUUAACUUUGAGAAUGAUACAACUGUCUUUGAGUAACAACUUAGACAUAAAGUUUUUGUCUAAAUUCUGGAAGCCUGGUGAUAAUGACAGAAGUUUUCAUUUUGAGCAGUAACUUUCUACAAUAGCCAUAGAUAUUCUCACUCGAUGUCUUCUCAUUUUCCAUUAUGACAAUAACUUUUUCGAAUAAAAAAUAAAUUAACAAUCAUUACUUUAUUUAAUUGUUCAACCUCAAUUUCACACUCUA